AUGAUGAACGCUAUCGUCAAGAAGGUUAUUACACCACAAGUUGCAUCACAACUCAGAUCUUCAUUCGUCAGAUCAUACUCGACUGUUGCUCCAAAAGAGAUAUACCAACAACAACAACAACAAAGAUGUACAUGGUUAAACAAAGAAGAAAGAAGAAAGAAGAAAGUUACAGUUCGUGAAGCCAUCAACAGUGCUUUGGAAGAAGAAAUCGAAAGAGAUGAGAGAGUAUUCUUGAUGGGAGAAGAAGUAGCUCAAUACAAUGGUGCCUACAAGAUCAGUAAGGGUCUCUGGGACAAGUUUGGUUCAAAGAGAAUCGUCGACACCCCAAUCACAGAAAUUGGUUUUGCCGGUAUUGGUGCUGGUGCUGCCAUGUCUGGUCUCAGACCAAUCGUAGAGUUUAUGACUUGGAAUUUCAGUUUACAAGCUAUUGAUCAUAUUAUCAAUUCAUCAGCCAAGACUCAUUACAUGUCUGGUGGUACUGUUUUCAACCCAAUUGUAUUUAGAGGUCCAAACGGCCCACCAACCUCUGUCGGAGCUCAACACAGUCAAUGUUUUGCUGCUUGGUACGGACAAAUCCCAGGUCUCAAGGUCAUUGCCCCAUGGUCAGCCGAAGAUCAUCGUGGUCUCCUCAAGGCUGCCAUCCGUGACGACAAUCCAGUUGUCUGUCUCGAAUCUGAAAUUUUAUACAACUACAAGUUUACUCUUUCACCAGAGUCUCAAGACAAGGAUUUCCUUUUGCCAAUUGGCAAGGCCAAGGUUGAGCGUCAAGGUAGCGAUGUUACCAUUGUCGCCUUUUCACGUAUUGUCACUCAAUGCUUAGAGGCUGCUGAAAUCCUCGCCAAGGAAGGCAUCAACUGUGAGGUCAUCAACUUGCGUUCCAUCCGUCCACUCGACACUGAAACCUUGGUAAAGUCCAUCCAGAAGACAAACAGAAUGGUCACUGUCGAAGAAGGUUGGGCUCAACAUGGUGUCGGCUCUGAAAUCGCUGCCCAAAUGGUUGAAAACGCUUUCGACUAUCUCGAUGCUCCAAUUGAACGUGUUUGUGGUGCUGAUGUCCCAAUGCCAUACGCCAAGAAUUUGGAAGAUAAUGCUAUGGUCCAAACUCAAAAUAUUGUAAACGCAGUCAAGAGAGUUGUUGCACGUAAAUAA